UGAAAAACGUCUAUCGUUUUCACAUUAUGCUCUAUCGUUUAUUUCGUUGUGUCGCAAAUCACACUCUUUACGGCGAUAUUUUUCGUCAAUUGGACGUUGCUUUGCGUUCUUCCACACAUGCCGUGUGGAAGGAAAUUUGCAACACAAACAAACAUGGAGGAGAGCGAACGUGACACAGAGCAUGGAGAUCGUACCUAAAAGAGGGGCUACUUCUGUCGCAUGGACGUGGUUUGGGUAUGAAAAGUCUGACAAGGCCGGUCCUGAACAACAGGCUCAAACCCCACUAACCUCUUUUACCACCUACGCAAGAAUCUUGUGAAACAGUACGGAGAGAGUCUACGGAUGAGAACCCAAAAAGUAUAGUUGAGUGCUCAAAACAAACCCCUGACUCAGACGUUGCACGAGGCUUUUGCCCGCGGCACAGCAUAUGGCAAAGAAUCCCGAAGAUGGAAGGAGAUAACAGCUGCCAUUACAACUUAACAUAUGCAGAGACAAUGCCCCAUUUUACACGGUCCAGAAACGGGUGUUUUGUGAGUUGGUGCUAACACUUGACCCAAGCCUGAACUCGCUUCGCCAUGGAUCAGCAUCAGGACUUCAACUCGAGCAUGGACGGCCACGCCGCCCUGCAAUUCAACUCUGGGGAGACCACGGCCUCGGCUGCCCUGGCCAACAUGACCCUGAAGGAACCCCUGGACCAGCGAGAGGUUAAGAAGGCUAACGGGAUGCCAGACGCACACAUGGGACCUGGGGACAUGAAAGAAGAUUUGCUGGAGCUGUCACCUGAACUGAAAUCGCAGCCUCGAGCACCUGUGUCAGAGGUGUCUGUGUCUAAGAGCGACCUCUCGGCUACCGGAGGGACGACCGCUACAGGUCAAGAGGAGCUCACCGCUUCGCUCAGCCCCACGCCAGGAGGCCUCAGUCCUGCCACAGAGAGCGGCCGCAGCAGCAGGUCCGGCUUUGCCGACGGUGGGAGCGAAGAUGGGGAGAGAGCUGGGUCGGUGAGCCCCCGGGCGUCUCCUUCAGCCCCUGAAGCCCCAAUCGAAAGGGACACUCCAAGGCUCUUCUCCCCAGACUCGCUGGGGUCUGAGCUGAAGAGGAGCCCGUCUGACAAGGUCUCUGAUGUCUCUGUGGGCCACAGCUUGAGCGGCUCUGGGUCUGAGGACGAGGAUAAGAAGGACGUAUGUGAGAGCAAGGAGGCUCCUACCUCGGCCUAUGAAGACAUGAUCAGUCCUGAGAAGCCUCAGAGCCCUCUUUUCACAGAAAAGGAGGGGACGAAAGAGCAGGAGGAUGAAGAAAAAGAGGAGGAUAGCGACGAGGAAGAGGAUGAAGAAGAGGAAGAGAGAACCGAGGUGUCAACAAUCCGCAGGAGGCCACGGCGUGAAGCCAGCUCAGAAGAGGAAGAGCAGCAGAAAGAUGAAGGUCGCGCCCCUGUCAUUCCUGUUGCCAUGACCCCGGAGGAAGCCAAGCAGCGCGUCCUAUCCUUUGACUACACAGAGCCUGAGGGACACCCCCCUGGUCAGGGCAUCCCUUCAGGGUGGCAGAACGGAGCAGACAAGAGCCCCCCAGGGAGCAAGAGUCCUGACUCCAACAGGGCCGACCCUGGAUCUCCCUUCUCCCCUAGCACCGCAGCCGACCAGACCCAGGACGAGUCUCCUCUCAUCGAUCACCAGCCAGAAGCCCUCGACGAGGUGGAGCAGGUGACUGAGGAUGAGGUGCAGGAGGAAGAAGAGGUGCAGGAGAAGGUAGCUAGUCCCCUGCCCAUGAUUGCUGUGCCCCAGAUGGAGGUUGAGCCCGUCCAGAUGGAUGACGAGCCUGUGAAGACCUCAAAGGACACUCAAGGCCAAUACCUGGAGUCUGCAGACGAGGCCGGCAUCGCAGCGGUGACAACAGCUCAGUCGGUGACCAAAGCCAAACCUGCAGAAGCCAAACCUGCAGAAACUAAGCCUAAGGCUGGCAAGCCUGCUAGUGGCCUCAAAGGAGAUGCCAAAGGAGGUGCUCCCACAGCAGCCAAAGGCCCGGUCAGGAAAGAUAAGAAAGUGACCGCUACUGCUGUUGCCCCUCCCACCGCCGGUAAAGCUCAGAAAGCACCCCCAAAAGAUGCCGCCCCACCGGGCAGAAAAGCAAAUGUUCCAGGUGCCCAGCUCAAAGCCAAGGCCGGUGCAGGGGCUGGGAAAGAAGCAGCUGAGAAAAAGACACCCAACGCCACCACACCUGCCAAAGCAUCCACCCCCAAACGACCCUCCUCAGUCCAAACCACCCCCAGCAAAAAGCCUUGGUCCUCUUCCUCUGCCCCAGCCUGCAACACUAGCAGGCCCAGCUCAAUAUUUAAACCCAGUCCAGGCAGUGCAGGAUCCAGAGAACCCAGGCCAAGGACUGGAGAUGGGAAGAGCACCAGGACACCAGGUGCUAAACCCCAGGGUGCUGGGACCAGGAUGCAGACCAAGACCACUGCUGGAGUGGAUUCCCCCAAGACACCCCAGAAUCGUAGUGGCUACAGCAGCCCCAGCACACCCAAGUCCCCCGCCAGCCGGGAGGUGAAGAAGGUGGCGGUGGUGCGGACCCCUCCUAAAUCCCCUGGGUCCAUGAGGGGGCGCAGUCCGGUGCCCCUGGCCGCCCCCAUGCCCGACCUGAAGAACAUCCGGUCAAAGAUUGGCUCCACGGAGAACAUCAAGCACUCGCCUGGUGGAGGACGGGUGCAAAUAGUUGAGAAGAAGAUGGAUUUAAGUAACGUUCAGUCAAAGUGUGACUCCAAAGCCAAUCUCAAGUAUACCCCAGGAGGUGGCAAUGUUCAAAUUACUCACAAAAAGAUUGACCUAAGCAACGUACAGUCAAAGUGUGGAUCGAAGGCCAACAUUCACCACAAACCAGGUGGAGGCAAUGUGGAGAUCAAAUCUGAGAAGUUGGACUUCAAGGUUCAGUCUAAGAUUGGAUCAAUGGACAACGUUGGUCAUGUGGCUGGAGGUGGCGGGAGGAAGAUUGAAAGCCACAAAUUGAGUUUCCGUGAGACGGCGAAGGCCCGCACCGACCACGGAGCGGAGAUUGUCCCCGUGGAGAUCAUCACAGGCGGCUCACCCGCCCAUCUUCUCAGCAACGUGUCGUCCCCCGGAAGCCAGAACAUGACAGAGACGCCGCCGCUAUCCAUGCUUGCCGACCAGGUCUCCGCCUCCCUCGCCAAGCAAGGCCUGUGAUUCGACCACGUCCCUCCCUGAAAAAAAAGCAUUGUAGGUUACCAAGGGAACCAACCGCCAGAUAAAAAAAGAGAAACGAAGAGAAAAAGAAGCACCUCACUCAGUCUCUCCCUUCUUCCUUGAAAUUCAAAUUCGCUCGCAGGAUUUUGCCGACAUGGGAUAUCAGUCAGGGCAAAGUGCUCCGUUUAAUGAACAGCUGUUUAUGGUCUUGAUAGUUAGGUAGACACAGGUCAUGAAAACAUAUACGUGAAAGAAAAGCAACAUUAUUAUUAUUACUGCUCAUUUUGAACGCAAAGGCUCGCAUGAAAAUAUUGCGCAUUGCCACCCUGUGGAUGUUUGAAUAUGCUAAUUUAGGCCUUCAAAAUGUGAAGUAGCCAAAGACUCGACUCUUUUUCUCAACUAGAAAAGGUCAGCUAAAUUAAAGUGACACCGUACUAUACCAUUCAAACGAUGUCAAGUGCCAAAAAGACUGCAGCCCUUUCGUGCUUAAAUCACUCUGAUAUUCCCCAGUUGAGAAAUCCGCGAAGAUUUAUUUACGGCAUUCUGAAAUUCGAACGUUGUCGUAAACAGUUGCUGUGAUGUUUAAAAAAAAGUGCCUAGCAAUGGCUUAUAAAUUCACUGCUCAUAUCUAGUCAACAGAAUAGUUAACGGUACAUCCGUACAUCCAUAACGGAACAUUCAUAACAAAUUGUGAUUAUAGUAUUUAAUGAAUGCUUAAGAAAUGCUUGCCUGGCUACCCAAACUCCUUGCUCCUGUCAAACGUCAUGCCCAUGGACAUUAGUUUCUUCUCAGCAGUGAGUCUGUAUUUGAGUAACUCCCCUCCGAUUUCUAGAAUGGAAAUCCAUUCUAGACCAUCUAGAAUGGAUUUGGAAGAGUCAAAACACACCUGGGUAUAGGGUUGUUUUGAAGAUUCGUCAUUGGCUUUGAUACUCUGAUUGGUUAGAGAUGACCCAAUCGCUGAUGACUUUGUUUUGUACAACACCUCUGAUUUUGUCACCACAAACGACUUGAAUGAUGGCUGUCUCCGACUGACGUAUGUAGGAACGAUAGAGCAGAGGAAGAAUUCAGUUUGAGUGGUCAGGCAAUAGAAAUGCCACUGCAUACCCACAACACACAUGCCUAGACAAUAGUCUUGAUUUUCCCUGCAUGAAAUUCUAAAGCCGGACAUAGGUUGCGCUCCAAACCUCUACCCUACUCCCGAAGUGUGCACUUGCACACUCCCUCUCUCUUGUCAGAGAUGAUCAUCCCCUACCUACCCACAGCGCACCACUUACGUAGCGAAUUUUAACUAAAGUAAAUAUUUCUUCGCAAUGAUCGAGCACCAUUUUUUUUAGUAGAUCAAAACUUAUGUUGCGCACUUUCUUUCCUACUAGUAGCCCUAUUAUGUGGAUGUAAGACAUAUUAAACUGAUAUUUACGAAUGCUUGUAGAUGCACCUGCUGACACCCCCUGUUAUUCUUUUAUUUUUAUUUUUUACUCCAGACCCUCACGAUGCAUUCUUGUUUUUGCUAGGUAGUUUUUACACACUGAAGUUCUCAAGUUGACCACUACUACAUGUGUGGCAAUGAUAACUGGAUGGCUUUCCUCCUCAUUCCUCAUGGUCAACAUGAACAAUAUGUACUGUGCUGAACACAUGUAAAGUGUGUUAAGCGGAUUAUAUUAAUUGUUAUGAUUGAACAAAUCUGUUCAAAGUAAGACAUGUUUGCAUAUUAGCCCAAAAAUACUCAAAUCAAAUGUUAUUUGUCACAUACUUCAUAAACAGGUGUAGACUAACAGUGAAAUGCUUACUUAUGAGCCCUUCCCAGAAAAAUAAUAAGGAAUAAACACACAAUGAGUAACGAUAACUUGACUAUAUACACAGGGUACCAGUACCGAGUUGAUGUGCAGGGGUACAAGGAAAUUGAGGUAGAUUUGUACAUGUAGGUAGGGAUACUAAGACUGAUAUUCACGUUAGUCCACAUAUCCUUUUAGACGAUUGUAGAAAAGGUACCAUAAAACAACCCUAUGCUCGUGUGUGGUGAAUGAUGUUACGCAAAAGUGUGAGGCUGUUUUUCCCCAAAUGGGUCUUAUUUCGAAGCUGAAAUUUGAAAUGUCAUAUCACUCUUCUAGUUUUUCCAAGUAACCGCAAGUGAAUCUGAAGGAGUGGUUUACUCUCCUGAAAGGACGGCAUAACCUCAAGUUUAUAACUCAUUAAACGUUUUCUUAAAAAUGACUGACAUUUUAAGCAAACUGAUAAUUGUACUGUAGUUAAAUAUGCCGUGACAAGAGGGGGAGAAAGUUGGUGCAAAGGGUGUUGUAGGCCUAGGACUUAAUGUCAUUUAACUUAAGGGAAAGGAAAGAACGUGGAAAAGACAGGGUAAUUUGGGGCUUUUUCAGUGCAGUAAAAAAAGGGAGCAAUGAUACAAGUUAUCUAGCUUCUCUCCAUGAUCCCAUGUCCUGUUUUUGUUUCUCCUUCUCUGCUGAGUUUGCAGUUUUAUCUUGACAGUCGUGAUUGUCCUUAUUGUGAUGUGCAUUUUAUUAAUAUUUGGUUUACACUGAUAACUUGUUGCUGUAAACGUUGGAUUAGGAAAUAAAGUCAGUAUUGGAA